UUUUGAAUGUCAGUUCAGUCAGUGUAAAAGUUGCAACUUAUUUUUAAUGAUUAAUUAAUAGAUUUGAUAUAAAUACAAUCAUGCUAAGAACUACUGUCUUGCGAGCUUGUGCUCGCCAGAUAAUAAACACGAGAACUGUACAGAAUUCAGUGGAUAGUGCCGCAAUCCGUAGGCAAAUACAUUGCAGUGUUUGUUCACAAAGUCCUCGGCAAAUACCAAAGUCAAACAAUGUCCCUACUCCUGCAAUGGCUAGUAAAUAUGAAAUUAUAAAUGAAGAUAAUUCAUCAGUGAUCCAGAAUACUGCCGAGGAAAUACAGUCAGAUAAUCCUUACCCAAUACUCAGUGAUGAAUUUGAUGGAAUUAAUUUGAAAAGGGGUGUAUCAGGAGUCUUUGAAAUUGAAGAUUUAGUAGAAUUGUUGCAGAGAGAAAAUUCAAAGGACAUAUUUGUAGCAAAUGUACCACCGGAAAUAAACUAUGUUGAGUACAUUUGUAUAGUCAGUGGUCAAAGUAAACGACAUGUUUUGGCACUUGCAGAGUUUGUAAGAAGAGUAUAUAAAAAGAAGUGCUUUGAAAGUGACCCUAUACCAAGAAUUGAGGGAAAAGAAUCCAAUGAGUGGAUGGCUUUAGACUUAGGAAACAUAGCACUUCAUAUUUUCUCAGACUCAACUCGUAAAGUUUAUGAUUUGGAAACACUUUGGUCAGUGGGUCCAGAAUUUGAUGACCUGACAAAUAAGAAGAGCACUAGUACUGAUAUCUUUGAAAACUAUAGUGCAUUAUUAAGGGACCUGAAACCAUUAGAAUAAAAUAAUUAAUGUAAUAAAGGAUGUAAAUAAAUUA